AGUAGAGAACCGACAGGCAUCCCCACACUCAUGGCAGUGCAAGCGCCCGGCUGCCGUAGCAAGAUGGAGAAUUAUUUUAGAGAAAAAAAGCGUGUUUGGAGGAGAAGCAAAAGGAGUGAGGAUAGUGGAAUUCUUGCCCGGACUAUAGGCACGUCCCAGAGCCCCGUGGAGCAGGACGAGGAUGACCACGUAAACCCCGAGAAUGACAAACUGCUGAGGACGAGGGGCAGGAAGGACGCAUCACGCCGGACUUACGAGUACUGGCGGCCGGAGUCACCUUAUAUCUUGGGAGGUUAUGAGGAGUAUGUCCCAGUGAAACAGAUGGUGGUGGCCGCGCCUUCAGCAGCCGUGCAGAACGAGGAGGGAGGGUGGUCGCUGCAGUUUUCUCCCUUAGAGAAUCUAUGCCGCACGUCUCUUAAGGCCUUGGUCCGAGGAUACCCCCUCGAGGGAGUCCUGUUCACCGUCACUCAGAGCCCUCAGGAAGGAGAGGGUAAACUUCAGUUGGACUUCCCAGCAGUCAUGGAUUACAUGAGAAACUUUUUGGAGACCGGAAUUCACUUGCAGGAGGUGGUGCAGGACAAGACGCGCGCCACGACCAGGUUUAUUGUAGGUUCCUGGAUGGACCCUCGCAUGCCAGACCUUCCCUUCUACACUCCAAGGGCACACGGCGGACCGUUCUUCAGGGACAGGGACGGCAACUACUCGAUCCCCAGGACUGUGAAAUCGUACCGCAGUGCUCAGCGUCUCCCUCAUGACCUUGAGUUCUUCUUCUCCCUCAGCAAAGAGCAGAAAACACACCUAGAGGAAAUGUGCAAUCAGGUGUGUGAUCCUCAAUAGACGAGUGAUGAAUGAGGUUACUCGUGAAGGAGCCGCCCCCUGGCCCUGCAGCAGUGCACGAGGCAAAUGCGACUCGCGUGUUGGAUGGGCCAUUACGGAAACUACGAUGCAUAAUGAGUUGCAAGCUUGGUCCUAAUGUGCAUGUGUGAGCCUCGUGAAGCUGUGAAGGACGCGUGACGGACCUGGAACGGCCGCCUCGUGCUCAUCUUUAAUUACUAGCAUACGUGAAUGAUACGAUUAAUUGUAAGUGAAUGAUCGCGAUUACAUAAUAUCAUGAACGAUGAUUUUGUUAAUGCUUCGACUACUGAGCACUUCCGUCAGUGUGUCUAGUUUCACGUGCUGCUCUGGACAGGUAAUCAUUAUAUGGCAGCACGCCUUAUAAUCAUACAUGAAAUAAACACAUGACUGUAGUUACAUGCACGUGUAUUAUUCAUAUUACGAUUAAUCCGAAGAGUUAAUGUGCUUCUUAAUACUUCCAUUAGCAUGUUAAGCAUAUUUAUACGAGCUCUGGAUAAUUUGCACAUCGCUUCACGCACACACGCACACACACACACACACACACACACACACACACACACACACACACACACAAAUCAAGCAAAUUACCAGUACCGAAAUCUCACUCUGUUUAUUACCUGCGAAAAUAAUUUAUCUUUUGAAUUCAUGGGCCGCUGUGUGCUUAAAUUAGAGUGUGUGUUUGGGCCAGGAACGCCAGCCAUGUGGGAGAUAAAUUCGAUGUUUGUAUUUGAACGCCGGACAACACGAAGCAGGGAGGGAGGAGGAGAGAGAGAGAGAGAGAGAGAGAGAGAGAGAGAGAGAGAGAGAGAGAGAGAGAGAGAGAGAGAGAGAGAGAGAGAGAGAGAGAGAGAGAGAGAGAGAGAGAGAGAGAGAAAGGGGGCGAGAGCUAAACGUUGCUCAGACUUUAUGGCACUAAAUAAAUUGAGAUACACGACAGGACAUGAGACUCGGGAGGACGUUGCUGUGUGUUAAGGCGCCCACCAGAUGUUAAUAAACAAGAUAAGUGAAAGAAAACUGAAUAAAAGUAAUGGACAAAAUAAAUGAACCAGUAAAUAAGUAAAAUAAAUGAGUGAAUGAGUACAAAAAAAAAGGGCUAUCUAAAUAUUUUUAGAGGAAAAGUAUUAUUUUUAAAGUGAAUAUUUGUAAAAUAAAGUUUAUUUCUAAAGCCCACCAACAGUUAUAGCUAAAAAAAAAAAUCGUUGCAUUGUGAAUGGAAAGAUAUUUAGAUUCUUAAUACAGCAUUCGGUGGAUCUUUUGAGAAAUUUAUGCUAUAUUUCAAACUGGCGGGGACGGUAAAUGCUCUUCCUCGCUUUUACCAACGAAAAUGAACAUACCGAUAUGAAACAAAGUCAUGACGGAUGGUAAUGAUAACGAGAUUAAUGUUAAUGCACAUUAGACGGAGUACUAUUUGUUCAUCAACAUAGACUAAUGAGUAUGAUAAUAACUUACGUACUUGAAUAUCUCAAAACAAAGAAUAUAUGAAAAUAUACAAACGUUGAAAUUAAAUGAAAAGAUACAAAGAGGAUGAAAGAUAAGUCUAAAAGAGAGAGAGAGAGAGAGAGAGAGAGAGAGAGAGAGAGAGAGAGAGAGAGAGAGAGAGAGAGAGAGAGAGAGAGAGAGAGAGAGAGAGAGAGAGAGAGAGAGAGAGAGAGAGAGAGAGAGA